CAACAAGAAGAAGAAGAAGGUUUCGUAAAAGCUGGCAGGGGGCGGUAAACGCCACCUGCCACUUUGACUAGCCACGAAGAAGACACAUCACUCACAACGUGUAGCAGCAGUGAAGCAACAUGGCUUUGAAUGGAGAUGAAGAAGACUUUGAGUGGGAGCCUCCAACAGAAGCUGAGAUGAAGGUGAUCCAGGCUCGCAGGGAGAGACAGGACAAGAUCAGCAAGCUGAUGGGAGAUUACCUCCUGAAAGGGUACAAGAUGCUGGGGGACUGCUGCGAGGUGUGCGGGACUGUUCUUCUUCAGGACAGACAGCAGAAGAACUACUGUGUCUCGUGUCAGGAGCUGGACUCUGAUAUUGAUAAGGACAACCCUGCUCUAAAUCCACAAGCUGCCUUGUCCCAGGUGAGAGAGCGACAGCUGGCAGCCCAGGUCCUGGCAGCUGCACCUGAACUCAACGGAGGACCAACCAGCAGUCAGGCGAGCGUGUUGGUUCCUCAGCCCAGACCAGAGCACUGCGAGGGGGCCGCCGCUGGAGGAAGGGCCCUGUUGCCUCCACCCGUCGUCGCGUCUCCUCCGCCUCCUGCCUCCACCACCACGCUGGCUCCCAUCCGUCCCCCGGUUUGUCCGCAGAACACCACCCUACAACCUGUUUUGGAAGAAGCAGAAGAAGCGGUUCUGACUAAACUCCGCUGGGCCACCACCCAGUUACAGAGCUCGGCUUCACUGGAGGCCAGCAUCCAGCUGUGCAGCCUAAUCAGCAGCUGUGCCAACUCACUGCGAAGCCUCAGGGAGCUCAGCCAGUAAGCACACAGGACAGACGAAAAGCAUAAAGUGUUAGGAGCGCUGGUUCUUUUGCUUCGGAGUACUGACUGUUGCCUUGCUUCUCUCUCUCUAUCUGAAUACUUGCUUACAGCUGAAUCUGAAGUUGUUCCUAAACACACUUGAAUUAGGAUUCAGGUGUUUAAAAGUGCACGACUUACUCCUGAAAUUAUGCAGGCAUGCACCUAACAGAAAAAUGACAUACUGAUGUAAUAGUCAAAUUGUAACUUAAAAUUACCAACAUUUAGCAUUUCAGACUUUUUGACUUGUUCAUAUUAGUUUAAAUGUAUCCUAUUGAGAUUAUUAAACCAGGGAGAUUCUACAUAGAAAAUGAAAUCUUGUGAUCUUGUGCCCUCUUGUUUCUCCAGCCAUUUGCAAAAUGUUUCUGUGCUGCAAAUCAGAUUUGUUAAAUUAACAAAUUUCUCCUGCCUUCACACGCCUGAAUGUGAUGUUGUGUACAUCUAACCUUUAGGAGAUCAGUUGCAGUUCAAAAGUUGUUUGGCUUGACUUAAAGAUUCUCUUUUUGACCCCCUUGAGAUGCAAACAUGGUUUGUGAGGCUUUUGGAAGAAAGGAAAAACUUUCAGGUAAAGCUGACAGUCAUGUGGAUGUUUUGCAUGGAUGCUUGUAUGAGUUUUAUUUUCAGUUUAUUAUAGCAAGUAGAAUAAAUAAAUCUUUGCAAUUGUACAUCAUAUGACGGCACUUCAUUUUAAACAUCCCAUCCUUAAUGAUAGCUAGUUUUUUAAUAUUGGACCAGAAUAAAUCCUGUUCUAAAGUUG